AUGCCAUGGCGGGAUCUCCUCUGCGGCACGGAUUCGAUUCUCUCAUCCUUCUUGCAGAGCAAAUCUUGCAAAACCGGCUGCUUCAGCGGUGUCCGUCACAGGUUAAUGGUAAAGCUUCUGCGACAAAGCGCGGAUUUGACUCCUCGAUCGCUGAAGACCCUUCGGCUGAUAUGUGAUCAGCCGGUUCCGAAGGUCAUGCUCCGACAGGAUGUGAGUGUGGUAACCGAUGUGCUCAGACUGUCAUCUCGAACUGGCGACACUCUUUCAGAGGUCUCCCUGGAAGUGGAGUGGCUCCUUCCCAAAGCUGCAGCCCGUGAAGCUCGGCAGCCCGAGAAGCCCGAGAAGGUUACUCCAUUUUCGUGGCUGCCUGGCUCUGGCUGUAUGGCUGCAAGUGACCAAUGUCCACGAGAUUUCCAGCGCAUUGUGCUCUACUUACAUGGUGGCGCCUACCUGUUGUGCACUCCCAAAUCCUUGCGGGGCAUCACAUUCAACGUCGCGGCCGCCUUGCAGGCGGCGGUUUGUGUACCCGAUUACAGACGGCCGCCCGAGCAUCCCAUCCCAGGACCCAUGGAGGACGCCAUUGCGGUCUAUCGGCACCUGCUUGUGACCAUGCCUGGCAAGGACAUCAUCCUGGCAGGGGACUCGGCCGGAGGUGGCAUUGCGGCAGCGAUGAUGCACAGGCUAAAGGACUUGGAGCUGCCUUUGCCUUCUUGCUGCAUCCUCAUCUCGCCUUGGACAGACCUCGGCCACGAUGGGAUGCGCAACGCGACGAUGUCCAACGAGGAACGAGACUUCCUGCCUCGGGAUUUGGUGGAGUGGUGUGCCGUGCUGACCCGCGGUGACCUGCACCACGACGACUGGCGGCACUCGCCGGUUCAUGCGCCCGGUUCGCUGGAGAAAGUCUGUCCAACUCUCGUCGUCUACGGCGAGGAUGAGCUGUUGAGCGGGCAGAUUGUUCACUUUGGCUCUGUUUGGCGAGACAAGGGCGCGAGCAUUACCAUGAUUCCUGUGCAAGGUGGGGUGCAUGCGCCACUGCUGCUGCAGCAUGUUUGGGAGCCAGCAGCUGAUGCUUUUAAAGAGCUCUCCAGGUUCGCUGAGGUGCAUUGCACCAAGGUGUAG